AUGGCGCAAAUCGUCCUCGACCUGGUCUACUCGCUGGGCAACUGCCUCAACUGCUUCCCCGGCUCGCCGACGCUCAAGAUCAACGGGCGCAGCUUCAAGAUCCUCCAGCUCCUCGGCGAGGGCGGCUUCUCCUACGUCUACCUCGUCGAGGACACCUCGACCCACAGCCUCUUCGCCCUCAAGAAGAUCCGCUGCCCCUUCGGCGCCGAGUCCGUCCAGCAGGCCAUGCGCGAGGUCGACGCCUACCGCCUCUUCGCCCACGUCCCCUCCAUCAUCUCCGCCUUUGACCACAGCGUCGCCACCGAGCGCGGCGGCGACGAGGCCUCCAAGACGGUCUACAUCCUCCUCCCCUACUACCGAAGGGGCAACCUGCAGGACAUGAUCAACGCCAACCUCGUCAACCACGCCCAGUUCCCCGAGCGCCACCUCAUGACCCUCUUCCUCGGCGUCUGCAGGGCCCUGCGCGCCAUGCACAAGUACAAGACCCCCGUCGAGCGCAUGGAGAUGGGCGACGAGGCCAGCCAGAACAACAGCAAGGGCGGCACCAGCAGCAAGCGGACGGAGCUCGAGGAGGAGGGCGAGCAGGAGCGGCCGCUGAUGGAGGCGGAGAACUCGGUCCGUAACUCGGGGCCCGGGGGCAAGACGCAGAGCUAUGCCCAUCGUGAUAUCAAGCCAGGCAACAUCAUGAUCGACGACACCGGCGCCGCCCCCAUCCUCAUGGACCUCGGCUCCGUCGCCCCCUCCCCCAUCCCCGUAUCCUCCAACUCCGUCGCCCUCCAGAUCCAAGACACCGCCGCCGAGCACUCCACCAUGCCCUACCGCGCCCCGGAGCUCUUCGACGUCCGCACGGGGACCGUCAUCGACACCAAGACGGACAUCUGGUCCAUGGGCUGCACCCUCUACGCCUGCCUCGUCGGCAAGUCCCCCUUCGAGAUGCGCUCCGACGAGACCGGCGGCACCCUCAGCCUCUGCGUCCUCGGCGGCGACUGGCGCUUCCCCGACGAGGGCCCCGCCGGAGUGAAGCGCUCAAACAGCAUGCGCAACCCGCAGGGCUCCUCGGCCAACGCCCCCGCCACCCCCAGCGCCAGCAUCAGCGAGCCGAUCCGCCAGGUCGUCCGGAAAUGUCUUGCCGUUGAGCCCGCCGAGCGGCCGGAUAUCGACGAGCUCAUCAUGAUGGUGGAGGACGUCAUUGAUGAAUUACCAGAGGAUACCGAAUAG